AGAGAAAAUACAAGUAGGAAGUUCGCUCCCUGCCCCCUUUAUGCAGCAUGUACAGUGUGCGAGAAAGCUGAGAACACAAUUUCAGAACUUGGCUACUAAAAUAAGUACUUCAGCCUGACUUGCUGAGAGCAUUAGUGUCUACUUAGCAAUCACUAUCACCAGGACGUGGCGAUGUCUAGUGAAGUGGACAAUCAUCACAGAGAGAUGUCCUAUCAUCGCCAUCACACUGCACCAGGCUCUGCAGCCCAGCACCAGUGGACACGAGAACAGCACGACCUCCACGCCCAUCUGUCAAGAACAUCAGCAGAGACCCAUGAUGAGCAUUCAAGGAUGUCCUCUAUCCAUGAGCUGAUAACUAAGGUGUGGAGUCAAGUACGCCAGUGCCUUCUUCUAGCUGUAGCCGUGCUGUUUAUGAUGUGGCAACACUUCAAAGCCUUCACUUCAUUGUGGAGUAGCAUUUCAUUCCAAGGACAUUCUAGAAAUACAAGAAACCUGAGUGUGAAUGCAGAAGUCGACACGCUCUCUUAUUGUUCUAAAAAAUGGAAAAGGGAGGCCCUUAAUGCUAAGCAAAUAAGGAGGGCCUAUGAAGAUUUGUACUGGAAACAUAACAUCAAGACCUUACAACCAGUAAAAGAGGAUAACUACUGUUUACUUAGGGCUGUCAUGUUCCAAGUUUUCAGUCAAACAAUUCCUUUUCCUGGAUGGAUGAAGGAGAAAGAUAUCAUAAAGCUUCCUGAAAAGCUCCUAUAUUCUCAAGGAUGUAACUGGAUACAGCAAUUCAGCUUUGGUACAGAAAAAUACGCUGGUCCAAAAGUCUAUGGGAAGUUGCGCAGCUGUUUAGAACUUUUUAAAAAUGAGUGGGUAGAUUUUUAUGCCUCAAAAGACCGAGUAGAAAGGAACAAAAUGAUCCGGUCAUUCUUUUCCGAUGAAACCAAAGAGUAUAAAAUAUAUGAGGCUUUAAAAUUCAUCAUGUUGUACUUAGUGAUUGAAGCUCAUGAGAAUCUGAAGACUGAAGAACAAAUUCCCAGCUUCUUCCACUUUCUCUUUUCACAAGACACCUCUGCUGAUCCUCUAAGCUACAUGAUGAACCAUUUAAACAUGGUUGGUGAUACCAUAGGUCUGGAGCAGGCAGAGCUGUGUUUGGUAGGCUAUGCUCUUGAAGUUAAGAUAAAACUGUUGCGGUUGACUAAAUUUAAUAAAGAAGACUUUGAAAUGGUUUAUCCUGCAGAUCACAAACGAAACUGGCAUGAGAUUACAUUAAUGACUGACGACGAUCGACACUUUAACAUACCAGUGAUUGCCAAAUGAACCAUCUACCAUUAUUGCCUGUGAGCAAUAUACCAGUUGUGGUUUCUUGUAGACCAUCAAACAAAUGACAAACAUUUUAUAUUUUCUAUUGGGGAAAACUACUGUCCUGGAGUAAGUUUUUCCUAUUAUCCCAUCAGGUGAAUUUUGUCUUUAUGGCUGGUUGGAAUAAGGACACUGGAAAUGUACAGUACUAUGAAAUUUGUAAAUGUUUGCUUGUACAUGGAUGUGAUUUAACUUGUUAAUGCAAAUGUUGUAAAUAAAUGGUUGAGGUUUAAUUUA